AUGCUUCCAGAACCAACACUCACACUAACCCUCCCCAGCAUCCACGAUGGCAUCACCCUCGACUGUCGAAUCUAUCAUCCUCUCUCACUGUCCGCGAAUCCCAAAGCUCCAACAUGGCUGAAACAUGCUGCUGUGGUUGCUCAUCCUUAUGCGCCUAUGGGAGGAUGCUAUGAUGACCCUGUGGUUGGAGCGGCAGCUGCGCAGUUACUACGGAAGGGGUUCUUAGUAGGGACUUUUAACUUUCGAGGUGCACAUGGAUCUGCGGGACGGACUUCAUGGACUGCGAAACCCGAACGAGACGAUUAUGCUACCGUUGUCGCUUUUGUUCUACACUACGUUCACGACCUUGAUCCCUUCCGACCGCACAUCGACAAUACCCUCCACAGCGAACCCUCCACGCCGACAAGGUUAGAAGCGCCGAUUAGUCUCGACGCAGUUGUCACUUCAGCACCUCGACCACGACCAAUCUUGCUUAUGGGAGGUUACUCCUACGGCGGAAUGGUCGUAACGCUGAUCCCACCCCUCGACGCAAUUCUCCAGCCGUUCAUAUCGCCCAUCGCAGGAUCCGACGCCGCAGAAGUUCGACUUCGAGCUGCGCAUCUUGCUGAGCAGCAGAACAUCGUGCUUGCGAGUGCCCGUGCCGCAAUGAUGGAGGGGUCAGCGCGGGGGAGGAGCAAGCGAGGUGUAAGAAUUGGGGGCGACGAGAGUGGGAGUCCACGACGAAGUCAUUCCAGUGCCAGGAGAAGCUUUUCGCUGGACGAUGAGAGGUUUAGAAAGGGUGUUCACGAUUUCAUCGCCAAGGCUCGAGCUGGGAGACAUUCGAGAAACGUUUCGCAAAAUCCACCUACGGCUGUCGUACCGCCUGAGCCAGGAGAGCAUCUCCCUCGUAUUACGGAUCUCACCAUGCCACGACCUGCUUACCUCAUGAUCUCACCUCCCCAAGGCGUGGUUACACACCUAGCGACCAUGUCACUUCUCCCGUCAGCGUUAGUGAAGAACAAGGAUCCCCAGGAUGUAGCGGCUGAAGAAAAGCUGAUUAGGAAUUCGUCACUUGUGAUCUUUGGGGAUGAAGAUGGGUUUGCGCCUGUGGGGAAGUUUAGAAGUUGGAAGGCGAAGAUGGAGGGCAAGAUGGGAUCGCAGUUUAGGGGGAGGGAGAUUGAGACGGCGGGACAUUUUUGGGUGGAGGAGGGGGUUUUGGAUCAGUUGAGGGAGAGGGUUGGGGAGUUUGCUGAUGAGUUACUUGCGGGAUAG